CGAUGGGGACGACUGAGCGGACGCAUGGCCUAAAAGUGGCUGAGGGCGAUGUGGCCUAUUGCAUUCCACUCCAUAGCAAUGGCAUUUUCUUGUCGAUGGUUGUCUGCGCAGCACUGCAUCCGUGAGCGGGUGGUAACGCGAUGCUCCUCCGUCCCCGUUGUGGCAGCUGCUCUUGCAGGCUCUCGCUCUUGCUUUCGCGGAGGAUGUUGGAAUUUGGCGUAUGUUUAAAUUCCCCUCGAUUUUCCGAGGGACUGUCCUUUUUUUCUCAAGACUCGUGUUAACAGGUUCGAAGUAUACAGUCUCACGAGAAUUAUUGGCUGCGAAAGAGGUCAGCCACGUAGCACGAAGGAAAACAUUUUGAGUGGAAUUCGCGGGUUCCAUUCCUUUUUGAAUUUUAGAGAUGGCAAUUACGUGCCCUGCAAGGCUUUCCUUUUGCCGUACAGAGACACUUUCAAACGCAGUAUGUAGUCUAAAGCAGAGGAGUCGAGUAUGCUCGAAGAGCAUUUGCAUAAACUCCAGCGUCAGAGGAGCUGCACUUUUUGCCUCAAAAAAUUCUGUCUCAACUGCUAAGCUGAAAGUCAAACGAUCCUCCUGUCCAGCCUAUGGUUCUCGUCAGUCAUAUGGGAUGCCAGUUAUUCAAAAUCAAAUGGUCAAGUUCCAGUCAAACAGGACAGUUAGUCUUCCUUUUGCUGAAGGAACUUCCCCUGCUUUAGAAUAUCUCAAAGAACCCGAGAGAGUUGUUCGAGUCACAUUUCCGGAUUCAGCUCGAAUAAACUACAUUGGCGAUUCAGUAUGGAGAUCAAGGCUGAAACCGAUCACGUUCAUCAGCGUUACAGCAACACCUAUCUGUGAUAUCAUGGUCUACAACGAGGACGACGCUCUUCGGAUAUUUUCGGAUAAGCUUCAUCUGGACUUCACUGGCGUCCCUGAUCAAUUCAAGAAUUUGUACAUAGACUUUCAACUGAAAGGCUCUUUGCGAGUGAAUAAACAAGGAUCCAAGGUAGGUCGAGUCAAGUUUGAUGGGACUGUAUCAUUAGUUCUGGGAACAGACCUACCCAUGCCAUUUUCCUUCCUCCCUGAGGCUCUACUCACAGGUGCAGGCGACAGUAUCCUAAAUACAAUUUUGGGUGCUAUGGAAUCAGCACUAGUCAAAGGAAUUAUAGAUGACUACCACUCUUGGUGCCGGGUAAAGUCGGAAGGAGAGAUGGUAACAGCUAAACGAUCUAAGUAGUGUAAGAUUAGAAUUCCAGCUGUACAGAAUUUCAAUGACACUGGCUUUUCGAGAGAGAAAAAGUCAAGACUCAGAAAUGUCGCAUCCCAGUGUCUAGCACACGAAAUACGUAGAGUGUAGGUCUCCGAGAUUCGCAAGUUACGAGCCUUGGGGAAGUUUAGAAAAUCUGUUCCUUUCUGUAUUAUAAUUGGUUUGAACUAACAACAGCAGUGAAGUAUAAUUUAAUCAUGGUCCUUGCAAUAUUCUGUUGUCACCAUUAACGACCAUAACAA